CGUAACGGCGGCGGGCGGGGCGACAUGCAGGCGGCGCUGCUGGCGGGGCGCGCGCGGCCCCUCGUGAGCCGGGCGGGGCCGCGCGUCCUGGUGGCAGGUCUGGGCAACUACGGGCUGCGAGGGACGCGGCACAGCGUGGGCAUGGCCGUGCUGGACCGCCUGGCCGGGCGGCUGGCGGUGGCCGACCGGUGGCGAGCGGACGGCCGGUGCUGCGGGGACGUGGCCGUGGCCACGGCGCACGGCGUGGAGCUGGUGCUGCUCAAGCCGCGGAGGCUGAUGAACCUCAACGGGCUCAGCGUCGCCAGCGCUGCCAAGAUGUACAACCUGAGCCCGGAAGACAUUUACCUGGUUCAUGACGACCUGGACAAGGCCCUGGGGAAGGUGGCGAUCAAGCUGGGAGGCAGCGCAAGGGGACACAACGGGGUCCGAUCCUGCAUCAGCGCUCUGCACUCCGAUGAGAUGACACGGCUCAGGGUCGGCAUUGGGCGGCCAGAGGGCGAAACGACAGUGACCUGCUACGUCCUGGGCCCAUUCAGCAGCAGGGAGCAGGAGAUGCUGCAGCAGGUCCUGGCCCAGGCAGCCACUUGCCUGCUGGAGCACAUCCUGCGGAGGAGAGCACCCAGGGGAGAGCCAGGGGACAGGGGGUGACGCUGACCCUUGAGGACCUACGUGGCUGAUGGAUAGGGCGCUCUGGGCUCUGCUGGGUGACCAUGGUGCUGAGCAGCGUGGGGUUUGCCAGGCGUCCUGGCAGGACACAAGGACAGCCCUAGUCCAGCCCCAGUCUCCACCUGUACGGAUCCAGGCAGCUCCUCUCCCGCGCAAAUCUCUGCAGUGGUUUUAUAAGGCAGUUUUGCACAGACGUGAAAUAAACCCACAGCCCCA